UUUAGUGACGAACCUUUACCCAGCAGUAGAUAUCCUCCACCAUCGUUACCUUUCCGGUUCACAACGUCCUGACCCUGCUAUCGCGCGCGGUUGGUCUCUGUCUAUCCCACGGGAAAGCGUUCGAAUGUGUAUCUCCUAUAGUUUUCUCAUCACUUCGGCUUGAAUUGCACGCAGAGUCCCUUUGGAAGAGCUCCUUAGGCAUUAUAUAGAUAUUUACUGGUGUAGCAUGUGGAUUACGGUGAAAAGUGUUUUUCGCAGCAUGAUGAUAAAAGGCUCAAUGUGAAGAGCAGUCGGAUUCCUCGAAACAAAAAUGCCAUUUCCUCGGUUGCGGUGUGUGCUUCUACAUGCGGAUGUCUAACAUGUGUCAAAUUAUUGGUUGCUCAAUUCCUUUCCGUGAAUAAUUGACUCGCUGAGCAGCGGAUCCAACAAUCAACAACACAAGGGGGGAAAAUCCCAAGAAUCUGUGCAGGAAAAUUGAGAGUUUAUGUUUUGUCGAUGCGGGUCCAGUUGAAAAAAGGUGAAAAAGUGAGGCAAUCCUCGCCAGUUGGUUUGCUUUUUCAUUGAGUGGACGUGCCCGAUCCGUUUGUUUUUAUUAUAUCUCUAUCCACGGGGGAAAUUUCGCUGCCACCGAUUGCGGAACACUAUUCGGUACGGCAUACGACGGCAAUAAUGCUGUCCCAAUGCUGCAGUGGAGAACGGUUUAACAGCAUUCGCGACACAGGCGACAACGACUGCAGCAAUGCUGAUACCUCAACUGUAGUAGCAGUAUCAGCCAAAAAUCAGUUAAACAGAAAGUGACGCGACACGGUGCAGUGUGAACAACAAAAAGUGCUUGGAUAGUGCAACAUUCAGAACCCGUGCGAAAUUUGAACGGGUGGAAAAUGCGAAUGAAAUAUGGAAAGCUCUUCAUUGUGUUUAUGAUUUGUUUCAAUUUGGUGGUGUUCUAUUAUUCGUGGAAAUACUUUUUAACGAGUACCCGUUUUCUAUCGGAAACUUUCGGUAACCGAUUGCAGAGUGGGACUGAUGCCGAAACCAACAAAUAUAGUGCCCAUGAAAGUUCCUUACCGAUGGAAAUUGUUCGAAUGACCGCAAAGGAAGGGUCUAGAUCAACAAGAGUAACAAAAUUCAGCCGAAUACGAGACCGCAUUCAAAAUACCAACAAACUCCUGAGGAAAAGUAUUACUGUGAUCUUCCGUGAUUUUUACGAUUUCGACAACGAUUUGAUGCAAUCGAUUGCCAGUGUAACAAAUCUAAUCCCCAACGUACAAGUAUUCGUCAUAUCUCCGGAGAUACCCUACCCGCCGCUGGACAUAUUCACGAAUCCAGGUCAAUCGGUGAAUCUAACCACAUGGUUUGAAAAAGACAGUAACGUGAAGUUUUUCAGCCUCAGCUACGACAUUACCAAAUCCCUCAAGGAAACGCUACCCAUCCUACAAGUGCAAACUAAGUACGUCUUGUUCCUACCGGACAGCGUACGACUGAACGGUCGAUCCUUGCUAACCCGAAUGCUCCGGGAGAUAUCUACCCCAUCCACCAAUGACCUGCUCCUGGAGCAGCACCAAAAUCUGCUACUGCGGCAAAACAAUCAGGUCAUACAGAACAAAAUCGAUCUGAAUCAGAAACCGGAACGGAAGAUAAUUGCGGUUCCGUUCGCAGGGAACCCAAAGUCAGCAGCCAAUUGCUGUCAUCUGCAGUUGGAUCUGCCGAACUGGACCCUGGAAUACGUGACCGGUAACGACACCGACAGCUGUGACAUGUACAAACAAAAGCAUGCCAUCCUGGUGGAAACGGAUCUGCUGAAAGAAAUGCCCGAUACUUUAUCGUCCCCAUUUCCGGACCUGCUCUACAUCCAAGCCAAACUAGCGAACGUCAAGAAAAUCCUCCUAAAUGCACCGUUCCAGGACGGCAAAAAGCUGUUCACCUCCUACCACACCAAAACCAAGCGGCGCAAUUUGCGUAAGGAACAAUUCAAAGCGCUCUACCGCAAGCUGCAAAUCAAAAAAGUAGUGCACAAAAACUAUCUCUACGACAAGUCGAAACUUGCCAAGCGGAAACUGAUCAAAAGCUUCGAGCAUAACAAUCAGACCAUUUCGCUGCUGACGGAAAUUACCUUCUAUGGAUGCGAAAAGCAGACCAAGAGCUGCAUCGGCCAGGUGUACAAUUCGCAACCGUUCUACACGUACCUCGGCCGCCACACGCCGCCCUGCUGUCUCGAUAAGCUGAAAACCAUCUUUCGGCACGUGGUGGACGAGUUCGAGAACGUCGGCAUCCGUUAUUGGCUGGAUAACUAUGCCCUGAAGAAUGCCAUCGAGCUGAAGUCCCUGUCGCCGGAUGCGUACGAAAUCGACAUCAGUUUCAACAGUGACGAUGCACAGCGGACUGUCGCACUGCGGAAGGCCCAGUCCAAACCGUACACCGACGGCGAGGGAUUCCACUGGCUGAAGGCCACCGACGGCCAUUACUUCCGGGUGCAGUACUCAAAGGUUAAUCAGAUUGCGGUCAAUUUGCUGCCGUUCGACCUGAGCGGUGAAGUAGUUCGCCCGAACGGAUUCUACGGCUGGAAGGCGAAGAAAUUUUCCGUGGAAUUUUUGCACCCGAUGUCGACGGUGCUCUUUUUGGGCAAGCCGAUUAUGUGUCCGAACAAUGUGAUGGAAUAUUUGGAGACAAAAGGCAUUAAGUGAGGCUGUGUGCGGGAAUUAGGGGGGGAAUGAUGUAAUGUGGGGUGAGUUCCUGUGAUAGAACGGUGCUGUUGAUUCUGAAAUUUUAACCGGUGCGACGACGAGAACGAAGAUACAGUGGGAGAAUAUUUGUACAUAACUAAGUAGCUAGCGCUAGAAGACGUCUCGAGAAAGUAGAUUUUAGCAAGAGAAACGUUGUAAGUAUUUGUAUAUAAUGUUAAGGUCUCGCUAUUGAUGCUGGGGUUUGUUUUAGCAAGAAGGAUUGUUUAUUGAGCAAAUUAAUUUCGGAAGUAAGCGGCUUGUGUGAUAAUAAAGCGUUUUAUUACUUGGAAUUGUGUGAAAAUGGAAAGGAAAAUAAUGGUAUUACUGUUGAACUAGCUGUUGCAGAGUUAUGAUGGAUGAAUGACAGUAAAACAAUUGGCUGGUUUUUCUCGUUUUCGUAUGCGUAUAUUUGUAAAAUGAGUCAAACAAGAUUAGCGAACAGUUAAAUAAAAAUUGGUUUACUUCUCAAUAAUCUCUAUUUUGCAUUUAUGCCCCA